GUUCGAAUGUAUUACAGUAUUUCGGGUUAUAUUUGGCCUUAAAUUUUAAUUAAAUUAAAUAUUUUCAUAUCUCAUUUUGGGUUAAAAUAUGAUUAAGUAAAUUCUGGAUAGAAUGUUUACUAAGAAGGUGCAAAUUAAAUAAUGCGGAUGGAUUUUCUAUUUGGAAACAUUUGUAACGUGGCUGGAUCCCAAUUCAACUUUUUAUGGACAGGCCUAGGCUAGGUCUAUCGCUAAACUUUGUUGUUAAAUGACUAUAUAGACUAUGGCGGUACUAAGGGUGUAUGUUGAAUAUGGGUCCUAAGGUGAAACUCAAGCCGUAGAAUGGCCAAUGCUGUUCAUGAAAUGCCAGCAUAUUCUAGUAGUAGGAGCUCAUCUAGGCCUAAUAAAGUUACACGGAAGCAACAGGAACCACCAAGGCACCAUCAAACUAACCCGCGUAUUCGGCGAGGUCUUCAGAUGAGUGAACCUGUGUCUUCCCUGCCUAAAAAGCACUCUGCAUCAGCUGGAAGGUGCUUAGGAAAAGCAGGCUUGAAGCCAAGGCCCCCAGUAUGUGACAGUGGUUUGCUUGUAGGAUCAGCAGUGACUAGGCCUAGUCCAGAAUACUCACUGAAUGAACAAACAAAUGUCAUUCGUUCAAGGGCUCGAUGCCGUAAGCCUUGGGAGGCAUCACCGUUCCUCAGUGUCAAUACAGUAUCACCGGAUAAAAAAACUGUUACGGAUGAAGAUCAUGAACCAGCGCCAGACACCAGGCGAGGGCAACGGAAGUCUGUCCGACCAGUUAGAAAGGAACGCAAACUUUCCGCAAGAAACCAAUCGUGUAAUGGUCGGCGUUCUCAGACACCGAGGGUGCUCUCCAGGUGUACGUCUAGAGGGACUCCGUUUGACUUUUAUUCAUUUUAUACACACAAGAACCCAAGCUUUAUCACUGGACCACCAAAUCUAUGGUCGAUGGGCAACAAGUUUUGGCCAAAUUCUGGGAGACCACUAGAGAGGCGUCAGAAUGUUGUGCCAUCUGUGACUGCAAUUGAGUCGUCUUCACUCUAUCCCAAUCAACAAGUCAGGCAUCCUUUUAAGCAUGCAGACAGUUCCGAGCCAUUAACAGAGCUUCCAAGCGCACCAGAUCUUGAUUUGAAGAUAAAGACUGCCAAUGCCAUCUGCCUUGUGUCAAAAUCCUUAGCAGCAGAGAGGGAUUUGCCCAUAAACAAAAAGAAUGGCAGACUCCUGAAAGCAAGACUGAAGCCACUUCAUGCAUUUACACCAGUUGGACCAACAGUAGAUCAUUGCGCUGGUGUUCAGCCAGAAAAGAAACCCCAGAGCCCUAGUCAACUGAAACUACAGAUGCGAAAAAAGCAACUCCUGGACAUGCUUCCACCUGGAAUAUUCCAGGAACGUCCAGCCACGCGGGAAUCUGUACACCGGACCUCUGUCGCAUCCAACCUGUCUGAAGAUCGUGAGCUUGAUGAUUUUGAUGCUGUGACAUUCCAAAAUGAAGCAAGUCAGUCAUGCUCAGAAUUUCACCAAAUACCUCCAGACAGUGGUACAAUCUUCGGUUAUGAAUAUAACCAAGAAAUGCUGCUAGAUCAAGAGAUUCCUGCCGACCCUGAAAUGGAAAGGCGAUUGAUGCAAUACAUGUCAGUGCAGUCUCCCAACAAGACUCUCUCCAGGCUAGGCCUGGAUGGACCAUCUGGUGACAGUAUGGCCAGCUUUAGUGAUGUCCUUAUUGAUGGUGCUGCAGGCAUGAUUGAUUCUGCUUUAACAAAGGGUAGAAACCGGCGCAAACUUGUUGAAGAAAAAGUAAACUUUACUCAAAAGUCAAUUUUGAAAACCUCUAAAGCAUCAGCAGAAAAUAUUUUUAGUGGUCUUGUUUGGAAUGGAAAUAGUCUUGAGAGAGUCCAAACAGCUCCAGAACAAGGAACACAGAAUCUCUUUGGGGAUGAAACAUUUGAAGUUGAUACAGAGAGACCUGUAACUGUACCAGACCAGCCAAAUAUCCUUGAAGCAGUAGCAAAGCAGCAUUUAGAGAAGCUUCUAGAGGAAGAAGAUGAUGCAUCAUUGCAAGAAAAUAACACCAGUGAUGACUCUACUCUAGUUGUUGAACCAUUGGAGAAGAAUGUCAGAUUUCCAGAUCAUAAACUCAACGUCCACACUCUAGAUUUGGUUAUUUUGAAUGACACUGCAGAUAGUUCCAAAAAAGCUGAAAAGAUAUUAUUGCCAGUUACUGAAGAAGCAGAAGGGGACGGUUUAAAAGAUAUCACAAACAUACUCUUAAGUGAAAGUGAAAUCAAUAGUCAAUCAGAAGUUAUAGAAUCACAAAUGGUGAAUCUUUCAAUAAUAGAGAAUGCUGAGAAAGUUUCUGAAAAGUAUGACUUAAAAAAAGAACAUUGUUCAAUUCACGAAGUACACACUCGCACAGACCUAAAUGAAAAUCAUAUUGUAAAAGAAGGGAUCAGUAAUGUUUCAGAAAAUUGUAAGCAACCAAACAGUUCUAUUUCAAUUCGCAACAGCAUUCAAACUGAUGGAGCUCCUGCUACGUCUAUUGACACUAAUGCAUCUAAUAAUGAACACAAUGAAACUGAAAUAGAUAGUAAACCUACUCACAUUACCUUGAGCCCAGAACAAAAUGAUCAUCCCCAUGACUUAUAUUUAAAUCUUCAGGAUGGAAACUUCCAGGAUAAUCCUCCUUUAGAAAUUAACAGAGUUGUCAGGGACGUAGCCCUUGAAGAUACUAACUGUUUAAAGCAUUUAUCUAAAAAUAUGGACAAACAAAUAGAAGGAAAUGAAAGGAGUGAAGACGAAACUGCUUUAGAACAUUCAAACAAAGUUGAUAAACGAUCAGUUGUUUCUAAUUAUGAAGGUUCAAAAGAAAUGAAAGUGCCAAAAAAAGUUGAUGAUUCAGUAAAGAGAACAUUAGAAAUGAAAGAAUAUAGUGCCAAUGACAUUAAAUUAUAUGUUGCCAAAGCCAAUGCCAAAGAAGUCAGAAUUUCUGAUAAUGUUACAAUAGUAGAGAUAGAAUCAAGGAAAAUGUCAGAUCCGCAACCAUGCGGUGAUCAAAUGAUGUUUACACCAAUGGAAAUGCGAGUUAAAUCUGAGUCUAAUAUGCCGAGUUCUUUUGCUGAUAAAACAGUGAGCAGUUUGAAGUGUGUUGAGGAAAAUUCAGACUCUGCCAGCAGCAGGUCUGAUGACGAAUUUCAAAAUAAUAAUAAUGAUGAUUUACAAAACAAAACACCCUGGAUGUUCCUGACAGAGAAUGAACAUGACAAUAGUAUAACUUCAAGCAUUCCAAAUGGUGCACAGUCACCUGAAUCGUAUGUCAUUAAUGAUGUACAAAAGCAGUUUGCUACACUUUCAGAUGCCAAUGUUAUUGAUGAAAAUGAAGAUGACGAAAAGGAAGAUGAAAUUGAGGAUGCAGCUGAGGAAUAUAAAACUGGAACUGAUAAAGAUGAUGAAAAUGAUGGUAAUAAUGGAUCAGGAUCUGCUAGUGGUACUGAACCUCAGGGACCAACUGGAAGAGAGAAUACAGACAAAGGCCAUGAUGAUCAAACCAAUGAUGGUAAAGGAACAGAUGAUUCUGAAUCAAAAUCAGGAGAUAUCCAAGGAAGCAGAUUGUCAACCACAGUGAACCAGAAUCUAAUGUCAGAGAAUGCUUAUACAGAUUAUGCAUUUGUGCAAUCAAAGAUGUCUGAUAUUGACUUAGAAUACAAUGAUAUACCAGAGAUUGAUGAGAGCGUUAUCUUUUGUGGCAUAUGUGGUCUGGAUGAGGAUACUUGUGUCUGUCCGAGAUCAAAGGCUGCAAGCAGUAAAGACAGAUUCUUUCACUCUUCUCCAAGGAUAAAUAGUGCGUACACUGAACCAAUUACCUCACCGUCUGACGAAAAUCUUGAGGUAGUGGAACAUGCAAAGGAAUGCUGGAGUCCCAGAGAAGACUUGCAGAUGACAGAUAAAGCCAACAAUCUCAUAAUGAAGUAUAGAAACAUGUAUGAUAAUGGAAUCUUCAAAGAUCAUUCUGCAACAGCUUGUUUUAGUGAAAUGCUAAUUAGCGGUUGGUCUAAUGAUGGUGCUAAAAACAUCCUGGUCAAAAAUCAGGUGAUGAAUCAGACAAACCAUGCUCUGGAUGUCGAACUAGGCUGCUUAGAUGUCACUCCAGUAAAUGGUUCUGCAGCUAGAAGUGCAUCUGCAGAAACUGGUGAACACGACUCUGUCACAGACAAACCAGUCAUAAAUGAAGCCGUUUCACUCACUGAUAUGGACAAUCCUAAUUCACUGUCAGUUGUAGCUGAGAGCAAGCAAAUCUCCAAAACAAGAUCACAGGUUGAUGAUAAAUCACCGAUUGCUCCAUUGCCUCCAGUCUGUUUUCGUAUUAAUGCACGACCACCGCCAGACCAUGUCUACUACUUCGCUUAUGGUGAAAAUAUGAAUCAAAAUAGAAUGUCACUUUACAUUGGAAGGCAAGAUGUACAGCGUCUCUGGGGACUUUUGUUUGGAUUUCAAAUCAAAUUCAAUAAGAAAGGGUCAGAUGCUGAUGCUGGUGUCUUUGCCAACAUCGAGUCCAAUCCAGAAAAUUCUGUUGAAGGGUGUGUCUACUUAAUCACUAAAGAAGAACUUCAAAGGCUAGACAAGUACACAGGAUGUCCACAGUUCUUUAGUCGUGUUGUGUUUCCUGUAUGGAUGAUCAACUCCAAGGACCCCAAUGCCUUGGGUGUGGCACAAUACUGCAUUCCCGCUGUUAUGUACAUUGCCAAUAAUAAAUGGACUACAGCAGACAAGACCUUGGCAUCGGAUUACAGUGUACAGCAGUGCCUGCGCGGCUCGGAGCUAUUAACACCUCGCUAUGUGGAGCAUAUUUCUAGUUGUGCUAGAUCCUAACAAACUUUUUUGAACAAAUUCAUGUCCAUAACAGUGGUGGGUUCAAGGGUGACCCAUCCCAGCUAGCCACACCCCUUUCCCCUCCCCAAACUAAAUUUACAAAAUUAUUUUUAAAAAUGGAGAAAAAUAGAAAAAUAAUCAAAUUAAGUUUAAGAGUGCCAUUUUCGGCCUUUUAGAGGUGCCAUAAUCAAAAUUGAAUUAACAUUAGGCUCACAGAUUAGGAAAAGAGACUUUAUGAAUUUUUUUUUUCAGCAAGAUUGAUUGAUACAAUUUGACCAGACAAUUUGCUUGAAGGAUGAUUGCAAUUUUUCAUGAAAAUUAAAUAUUAUUCAAUUAUUAUUGAUUAAAUUGUUUUUCUGAUAAAUACUUAUCUUUCACAUAUAGAUCAUGGCUACCUUCAAUUCGGCUGAAUUGAACAAUACCUUAAAACCUUGAAUUGAAGCCCAGUGGGCUUAAUCUCGAGAUGAAGCCCAUCUUGAAUUUAAGCCCCCUCUUUAGUUAGCAAAAUUAGCCUCGAAAAGAAGCCCAUGUCAAAAAGCAGCCUAUGGG